AUGUCUUCUGAUCGAUCUCCGUUUGAUGAUGAGUUCAAUGAACUCGUGAAAGAGCAACUUGAAAAAUGGAAAGUCCCUGGUCUGAGUAUCGCCAUUAUCAAUGGCUCCAACACUUACAGCAAUUCCCGCUCUGGUAUCGGAUCCUCACAGACCCAACAGGCAUAUGGACAAGCGGAAUUGCCAAAUCGCAACAGAAAUCGACCAGCACGAGCUAUGACAACCGACGCAUUAUUCGCAACGUGUAGCACAACCAAGGCUUUUACUGGUGCCGCUACAUCCAUAGUAAUCCAAGACAGCAAGAAGACCAGUGACCCAAUUGAUUGGGACACCACUUUGUCCUCCUUGAUUCCAGAAGACUUCGUUCUUGAGGAUGACUACACAACAAAGAAUAUAACCUUGGAAGAUGCGCUGUCGCAUCGGUCGGGCAUGCCACACCACAAUUGGCAAUUUGCCCUGUUCCCAAUGCAGGGCGUCACGCUCGCCUCUCUCGUCCGCGCCAUGCGAUACAUGCCUCUCGUUGCUCCACUGCGCACUAAAUAUCAUUACAGCAAUAACAUGUACCUCGCCGUCUCCCAUGCAUUGGAGACGCGCACCGGCGAAGGGCUGGGAGCCCUUAUGAAGAAUCGCAUAUGGGACCCUCUCGGGAUGGCGCAGACCUACUUCUCGCCCGGCGAAGCAAGGGCAGACACAACAAGCACUGCGGAGCACGUGCAAGCGUACGACUGGAUUUCUACAGCAGAUGGCGGCCGGUUUGUCGAAAGACCGGAGCAUGAUUGGGAGGGCAACAGCGGCGCUGGCGCUAUCGUUAGCAAUGUCCUCGACUAUGCCCGCUGGGUGCGCGAGUUCAUUGAGCGGAACGGGCCAUUGAAAGGACAUGACAGCCUGACAGUCCCGCGGACAAUUAUUUUACAUACUGGUGACGUUGAUUUGCCCUCUCCGUACCGUGCGUAUGCGCUGGGAUGGGUGGUGGAUAACUACCGCGGCCAGCAUCUGUACAGUCACUCUGGCGGCUGGCCUGGGUAUUCAAGCUGGGUUGGGUUUGUUCCCGAGAAGAAAUUCGGAAUUGUGGUCAUGGGAAACUCGUCUUCGGCUCGGUUUGCGGUGUUCAGAGUGGUUACUUAUCUUUUGGACAGGUACCUUGGUCUGACCAAUGACCAGGGGUAUCAGGAGAAAAUAGCUGCUUCUCUCGUAAGGCAGGCUGACAGCUGGAAGAGGAGCCUGGAAACUGAGGAUAUCAAGGCCGUGAAGCAACGGUUGUUCUCUGCAGGUUUGCCUGAUCCACCGAUCCCGCAUGCCUUGCAUUUGUCCAGGUAUACUGGGACAUACGAACACCUCACGAAUGUGACUGUCACUUUCAAGAUUGGCGAUGAUGGGCUUAUUGCUAAUUUGUGGGAUCGGGCAAUCCCGUGUGAUUUGUCCCUUCAACAUGUGAGCGGAGAGUUCUUCGUGGGCAGCCUCCUUAGCGAGGGACACACCUUGAUGCCGCCGUUCACCGUGGAAUUUUACAUCAACCCCGCGGGAGUCGUGUCUAAAGUCGGACUUCAUUUGGAGUCUACCAUGAAGCCCGAAGAGAAGCUUUGGUUUGUUCGUUCUGAAUCUUGA